AUGGCCAAUUCAUUAUCUUGGGACCAAGACACAGUGGUUGAUAGAAUCAGCAAUCUACCCACCUCUCUAAUCUGCCAUAUCCUUUCUUUCCUAAAAACCAAGGAGGCCAUCGCCACUAGCAUUUUGUCAAGCAGAUGGAAGCCCCUCUGGAUUCUCGUCCCAACAAUCUACCUCCGAGAUGACUGCCGCCAAGAACCCAUAAGCUUUACACAUAUUGUGUACAGAGUUUUGGCUCUACACAUAGCGCCAUUGCUCCGAUACUUUAGCCUCACAUGGUAUUCUCCUUGUAACUCUUUCCAUCUUGACGCAUGGAUCCACACCGCUCUAGCUCGUAAUGUCGAACAACUUCGUCUCGAGAUUUACCUUAAUGGCCAAGACGGUACUGAAUUUUACAAUGGGAGACGUUUCGAGUUGCCCCGUAGCUUUUAUUUUUGUAGAACAGUUGUGGUUUUGGAAUUAACCGAUGGAAUUGUGCUCGAUCCUCCUCCUUCCUUUCAAUUCCCCAGCCUCAAGAUUAUGAGUCUCUGUGAAAUUCUUUAUAGACCCCACCACUCUUUCUCAAUGCUCUUAUGUGGCUGCCCGGUCCUCCAAGAUUUGUCAGUGACAAGAGAGGGUACGGACGGUAUGAUCAAAUUUAACGUAAGCGUACCUACGCUGAAACGGUUAAGUAUCGAAUUUUAUACAUAUGAACGUGACCUUCCUGAUUACAAACUUGAGAUAUAUGCCCCAGCUCUUGAGUACUUUGGAUUUCGUGGUGAUUUGCGCAACGUUGUUUUCCUUAAAAAACUAGCCAACUUAGUUGAAGCACAUGUAGAGGUUCGUGCAGUUGAAUUUCUUCAGGAGGAUUGGGUUCGUGAACAUAAGAUAUAUUAUGGAGAUAGGGUGUUUAAGCUUGUUAGAGCACUAAACCACGCUAAAUUCUUUUCAUUAUAUCCUGGUGACAAAGAGGUGGAGUGCAUCGGCUUUGGUUCUAUUUUUCCUUCCAGGUUUCAAAAGUUGGCCCGUUUGAACUUUAAAGUUAAUAAAUCAAACUGGUACGUUUUACAAGCUUUACUGGUAGUGGCUCCUGAUUUAGAAGUUCUUGUUCUUGAUAAGCAUUUUCAUUUUAAUGAAGACGAAUUAUGUUGGACAGAGCCAUCGGAUGAUCCUGGUUAUCUGUCUUCGCGCCUUACGACUUUUAAAUUUAAUGGAUUUGAAGGAUUGGAACAUGAGAUGGAAUUUGUAAAAUAUAUCAUAAACGAGACAAGAUCCUUAAAGGCAAUCACAAUCAAUGUUUCUGACAAACAGUUGAAGGAAAGUAUACUCGAAGAACUAUUAAUGUUCUCAAGAAUUAACUCAACAACUUGUCUACUAACUGUUGAGUGA